UGAGGGCUCUUUCUUGUCUUCCUAUUGGCCAGUGAGGCUGUGAGGUCACGGCAUGUGGAUGACUACUUAUCCCAUGAUGCUAUCUGCCAGGCCGGGCUACUUCCUGCUGCUGCUCAGCUUCCUGCUCCUCGCUGACGCAGACUCGCCACCAAAGUUCACACGGACCCCAGAGGACCAGACCGGGGUGCAGGGAGGGGUCGCCUCCUUCGUCUGUCAGGCCACUGGAGACCCUCCGCCCAGCAUAGUCUGGAACAAGAAGGGCAAGAAGGUCCAGAACCAGAGGUUUGAGGUAAUUGACUACGAGGAUGGUUCUGGGUCUGUUCUGAGGAUCCAACCACUGAGGACUCCUAGAGAUGAGGCUGUCUAUGAGUGCCACGUCUCCAACCCGGCAGGAGAGAUCACUGCACUCUGCAGACUCAAUGUUUUACGGGAGGAUCAGCUCCCCUCGGGGUUCCCCACCAUAGACAUGGGUCCCCAGCUGAAGGUGGUGGAACGCUCUAGAACGGCCACCAUGCUGUGUGCUGCUAGCGGCAACCCCGACCCAGAAAUCACCUGGUUUAAAGACUUCCUCCCUGUCAACACCACCAAUAACAACGGGCGAAUCAAACAGCUCCGUUCAGGUGCCCUCCAGAUAGAGUUGAGUGAGGAACAGGACCAGGGGAAAUAUGAAUGUGUUGCCACCAACAGCGACGGAACCCGCUACUCCACCCCUGCUAACCUAUACGUCAGAGUGCGCAGGGUUCCCCCCAGGUUCUCCGUCCCUCCAGCAGACAGUGAGAUAACCCCAGGAGGAGGUAUCAACAUCACCUGCGUGGCUGUGGGCUCCCCGAUGCCUUACGUCAAGUGGAUGUUAGGCACGGAGGACCUCACCCCGGAGGACGACAUGCCCAUCGGACGGAACGUCUUGGAGCUGGGAGACAUACGUCAGUCUAACAACUACACCUGUGUGGCCAUGUCCACUCUGGGGGUGAUAGAGGCCAUGGCACAGAUCACGGUGAAAGCCCUGCCCAAGACCCCAGGUAACCCAGUGGUAACAGAGAGAACUGCCACCAGCAUCACUCUGACCUGGGACUCAGGUAACCCUGAACCUGUGUCCUACUACAUCAUACAGCACCGUCCUAAAGGUUCAGAAGACAUCUAUAAGGAGAUAGACAGUAUAACGACUACACGCUACAGUGUAGGUGGUCUCAGCCCGUACUCUCACUAUGACUUCAGGGUGGCGGCGGUCAACACCAUCGGUAGAGGUCCAGCCAGCGACUCGGUAGAGGCCAGAACAGCAGAACAGGCUCCGUCGUCGCCACCACGACAGGUCAGAGGUCGUAUGCUGAGUACCACCACAGCUAUAAUCCACUGGGAUGGACCUGAGGAGGCUAACGGGCAGGUGGUGGGAUACAGAGUCUACUAUACAGACGACAACACACUGCAAGCCAACCAGUGGGAGAAGCUGAUGGUUCGUGGUGUGAACUUCAUCACCAUCCAGAGUCUGACCCCUAAUAAGACCUAUUACAUCAGAGUCCUGGCCUUCACCUCUGUAGGAGACGGACCUCUCUCCCAGGACCUGCAGAUCAUAGCCAAGACUGGAGUUCCGUCCCAGCCGUCAGACUUCAAAGGAGAGGUCAAGUCAGAGACCAGUAUAUUGCUGUCAUGGGUGGCUCCUCCACAGAGUGGGCCUGAAAACCUGAUCACUGGAUAUGAGCUGGUAUACAGGAGGUCUGGUGACAACGAAGAGAAGAAGCUGAAUUUCGACCCCGCCUCCUCCUACCUUAUAAAGAAUUUGAAGCCAUUCUCCUCCUACACCUUCCAGCUGGCAGCACGUAGCAAACACGGCAUCGGAGCGUAUACCAACGAGGUUACCACGGAUACACCACAGACACAACCCUCGGCCCCUCCCCAGGAAGUCACAUGCUCCAGCCCCAACUCCACCAGCAUCCUGGUAAGUUGGGCUCCGCCCCUGGCGGAAUUCCAGAACGGAAUCAUAACGGGAUAUUCCAUCCAGUAUUCUGUCACGGAACGGGACAACAGGACUUCCCAGCAAGUCAGCCGAAUUCCACCGGAAAGCUCUCCGUACCUUCUGGAAAACCUGGAGAAAUGGACCGAGUAUGGAAUCACGGUCAGAGCCCUGACGGAAGCCGGAGAAGGACCAGAGAGUCUACAACUACUAGUACGCACCGAAGAAGAUGUUCCCAGUGGUCCUCCGCGCGACGUGGCGUCGGAGGCGGUGAACUCGUCAGCAGUCAGGGUGGUGUGGCGGGCACCGGCCGUGGAGCGUCAACAUGGUCAGGUCAGAGGUUACCAGGUCCACUACAUGAAGAUGAACUAUGGAGAACCCGCUGGACCCAACCUCAUCAAGGAUAUACUCCUAGACGACUCACAGUGGGAAUAUAAUGAAUCAGCAGAAUAUGAGCUGGUUCUAGGGGAACUCCAGGCUGAUACUGCCUACUCUGUGUCUGUGGGGGCGUACACCUCCAAGGGAGACGGGGCACGGAGCAAACCCCAAACUCUCUGCACUACCCUCCCACUCCCAGAACCCCCCAGGCUCUCAGUAAGUCCCACCCCCGUGGGCACGGCCCAGCUCCAGUGGCUGCCUCCACCCAGCCCCGCUACCCCUCUCCUGGGGUACCGUCUAACCUUCGGACGCCUGGAUGUCCUCCCCCUCACCGUGGUAGAAUUCCCCACCAAGGAAAAGUCCUACACUGCUCAGGAUAUCCACAAGGGGGCGUCGUACGUGUUCCGACUCUCCGCCCGGAAUAAGAUGGGAUACGGAGAGGAGGCAGCGAUCGAGGUGACCACUCCGGAAGACGUUCCCGGAGGACACCCAGAAAACAUCGUGUCUGAAGGCGCCUCGGCGUCUUCCCUACGGCUCGCUUGGAAGUCUGUCCCGCUGAUCGAACGGAACGGGGAGAUUGUGAAGUACUCGGUGCGGUACCGGGAUGUUAACGGUAGAGGUGGGAACGCUACCGGGGAGGUGGUGGUGACGGUACCGGAAUCCAGCGUGGUGUUGGAAGGGCUGAGCGCUGACACGGUGUAUGAUGUCAGAGUGCGUGCGUUUACGGCGGUAGGGGCGGGGCCGUAUAGUCCCGGCGUCCAGUUUAGGACGCAGCCGAUGGAUGUGGAAGUGUUUGCUACUAACUUCAGAGUGAAGGCUGCCAUGAAGAACUCAGUCCUGCUGACCUGGGAGAUACGAGACAAAACACCCUCCCAGCCUUUUACGAUCCUGUAUGGUAAGGGUCAGAGUGUUGAUUAUCUCUGUCUCUCUAUAGAUCCUAUCCUGUAUGAUAAGGGUCAGGGUGUUGAUUAUCUCUGCGCUCUAAGAUCCCAUGCUGUGUUGGUGGAUGGUAAACAGAACCAGACAGGGGAUGGUAACCGUGGCAACACAGUUCAACUCCAAACCCAUGCUGGUGGGAAGACCAACACAGACGGGAUGGUGACAGUUCAACUACCGCCCGUACAGACCACCACUACCGUCAGGGGCUACUAUGUGGUGGUGGUUCCUCUGAAGAAACAGAGAGGAGGGAAGUUCUUGAAGCCUGGUGACAACCCUGAUCAGAUGAACCUAGAUGAGCUCCUGAAAGAGAUCAACAGGACCAGUGUGAGCCAGGCGCUGCGUGUCCGUCGCCAGGUCCCGGCCAGCCAAUCAGAUCCCAGGGCCUAUGUUUCCGCACACUUUAAGACCCUCCCCCAGGAGUUCACCCUCGGUGAUGGGAGGAGCUAUGGAGAGUUCCGGAACCGCCCCCUGCAAAACGGACAGGAAUAUGUGUUCUUCGUGCUGGCGCUGCUAGACCUAUCUAAUAAUACAAUGUAUUCAACCAGCCCCUAUUCUGACCCCGUGACCUCCAAUGACGUGGACCCUCAGCCAAUCGUAGAUGAGGAGGAGGGGCUUCUGUGGGUGGUGGGGCCGGUAAUGGCUGUCAUCUUCAUCGUCUGCAUCGUCAUCGCCAUCCUACUCUUCAAGAGUAAACCAGACAGGAAAAGAGCUGAGGCAGAGGGAAGGAAGGCUAGUUUCCCCUGCAGCAAGGCCAUGUCCUCUCACCAUCCUACAGAUCCUGUGGAGCUACGCAGAAUCAACUUCCAGACCCCAGGCAUGACCAGUCACCCACCUGUCCCCAUUUCUGAGCUCGCUGAUCAUCUAGAACGCCUGAAAGCCAACGACAACCUGAAGUUCUCUCAGGAGUAUGAGUCCGUUGACCCCGGACAGCAGUUCACCUGGGAGCAGUCUAACCUGGAGGUCAACAAGCCAAAGAACCGCUAUGCUAACGUCAUCGCCUACGACCACUCCAGGGUUCUACUGUCCAGCAUCGAGGGUAUCCCAGGCAGUGACUACAUCAAUGCCAACUACAUAGAUGGUUACCGUCGUCAAAACGCCUACAUUGCGACGCAGGGCUCUCUCCCCGAGACCUUCUGUGACUUCUGGAGACUGGUUUGGGAACAGCACACGGCCAACAUCGUCAUGAUGACCAAGCUAGAGGAGAAGUCUCGGGUAAAGUGUGAUCAGUACUGGCCUACCAGAGGAACAGAGACAUAUGGGCUGAUACAGGUUACUCUGCUGGACACUGUAGAGCUGGCGACAUACUCUGUUAGGACCUUCGCUCUCUACAAGAGUGGCUCCAAUGAGAAGCGUGAGAUUCGUCAGUUCCAGUUUACAGCCUGGCCGGACCACGGGGUCCCCGAACACCCCACCCCCUUCCUGGCCUUCCUACGACGGGUCAAGGCCUGCAACCCUGCAGACGCAGGACCCAUGGUCGUACACUGCAGUGCUGGAUGGGCCGGACUACCAGUGAUUACCAGCCAAAUCAAACACGAGAAGACAGUUGACAUCUACGGUCACGUGACCCUCAUGAGGUCCCAGCGGAACUACAUGGUGCAGACGGAGGAUCAGUACGCCUUUAUCCACGACGCGCUGCUGGAAGCCGUCGCCUGCGGCAACACCGAGGUUCCGGCGCGGAACCUUCACGCCUACAUCCAGAGACUGACCCAGAUAGAACCGGCGGAGAACGUCACGGGCACGGAACUGGAGUUCAAGCGGUUGGCCAGUGCGAAGGCCCACACCUCCAGGUUUGUGAGUGCCAAUCUGCCGUGUAACAAGUUCAAGAACCGUCUGGUGAACAUCAUGCCCUAUGAGUCCACCAGGGUCUGUCUGCAGCCAAUCAGAGGAGUGGAGGGGUCAGACUACAUCAACGCCAGCUUCAUAGACGGAUACAGGCAGCAGAGGGCUUAUAUAGCCACCCAGGGCCCAUUGGCUGAGACUACUGAGGACUACUGGAGAAUGUUGUGGGAACACAACUCUACCAUAGUGGUCAUGUUGACUAAACUGAGGGAGAUGGGACGGGAGAAGUGCCAUCAGUACUGGCCAGCAGAGCGUUCUGCCAGGUACCAGUACUUUGUGGUGGACCCCAUGGCUGAGUACAACAUGCCCCAGUACAUCCUACGGGAGUUCAAAGUCACUGACGCCAGGGACGGCCAGUCUCGGACGGUUCGUCAGUUCCAGUUCACUGAUUGGCCGGAGCAAGGAGUGCCAAAGUCAGGGGAGGGGUUCAUUGAUUUCAUUGGCCAGGUGCACAAAACUAAAGAGCAGUUUGGCCAAGACGGACCAAUCACGGUGCACUGUAGUGCUGGUGUGGGGAGGACAGGGGUCUUCAUCACUCUGAGUAUCGUUCUGGAGAGGAUGAGAUAUGAAGGAGUAGUGGACAUCUUCCAGACUGUCAAGAUGCUGCGAACACAGAGACCUGCCACGGUUCAAACUGAGGACCAGUACCAGUUCUGUUACCGGGCCGGUCUGGAGUAUCUGGGCAGCUUCGACCACUAUGCAACAUAAUCCCUCCCUCUGGCCUGCAUUCCAAACAACACCCUAACUCCCUGUGUCGUGCACUACUUUAGACCACAGUGUAUUCUCACUUCUUUGGCCCAGUGUGCACACUCAAAAGUAGUGCACUACUGAUUAGUAGUACACUACACAGGGAAUAGGGGCCAUUUGAGAUUAGGCCUCCACCACCUCCAGAGGGCAGGGCACCCACGGCGCCACUCCUCCCCCAAAACGAGCACCUAAACUGAGCCAUAUUUGCGUGUCUGACCGGGGGAUACCUCCAGACCCCAACCCAAACCCACUCACUACUCAGUCAGAAGUGCACUACUUUGUGCACUAUAUAGGGAAUGAAGGCACCGUUUUGGACGUGAACUGGCACUACUUAACAAUGGAUUGAGGAUUCAAUGGAUUGAUAUUGGAACAAGUCUUUACAUGGUAAAGGUAGACAGUCAGGGGGACAAGUCUUUACAUGGUAAAGGUAGACAGUCAGGGGGACAAGUCUUUACAUGGUAAAGGUAGACAGUCAGGGGGACAAGUCUUUACAUGGUAAAGGUAGACAGUUAGGGGGACAAGUCUUUACAUGGUAAAGGUAGACAGUCAGGGGGACAAGUCUUUACAUGGUAAAGAUAGACAGUCAGGGGGACAAGUCUUUACAUGGUAAAGGUAGACAGUUAGGGGGACACCCACCUGGAUAUGUACUGGACUACAGUAGGAGGACAAACACAGCAUCAAAUCAACUUUGGACAUUUUUUGUUGUUAUUUUUAUCAAGAAAGUCCACUUUCUGUUUUCCGUCAGGGAUUGAUUGGACAUUGUGGGGACGACGCAGAGAGACUUUUGAUUGGACAUUGUGGGGACGACGCAGAGAGACUUUUGAUUGGACAUUGUGGGGACGACGCAGAGAGACUUUUGAUUGGACAUUGUGGGGACGACGCAGAGAGACUUUUGAUUGGACAUUGUGGGGACGACGCAGAGAGACUUUUGAUUGGACGUUGUGGGGACGACGCAGAGAGACUUUUGAUUGGACAUUGUGGGGACGACGAAGAGAGACUUUUGAUUGGACAUCGUGGGGACGACGCAGAGAGACUUUUGAUUGGACAUUGUGGGGACGACGCAGAGAGACUUUUGAUUGGACAUUGUGGGGACGACGCAGAGAGACUUUUGAUUGGACAUUGUGGGGACGACGAAGAGAGACUUUUGAUUGGACGUUGUGGGGACGACGCAGAGAGACUUUUGAUUGGACGUUGUGGGGACGGCGCAGAGAGACUUUUGAUUUGACAUUGUGGGGACGACGAAGAGAGACUUUUGAUUGGACAUUGUGGGGACGACAGAGAGACUUUUGAUUGGACAUUGUGGGGACGACGAAGAGAGACUUUUGAUUGGACAUUGUGGGGACGACGAAGAGAGACUUUUGAUUGGACGUUGUGGGGACGACGAAGAGAGACUUUUGAUUGGACGUUGUGGGGACGUUGAAGAGAGACUUUUGAUUGGACGUUGUGGGGACGACGCAGAGAGGAACUGAAAGGAACAAACAGUAUUAUAACGAAACGAGACACCUUGGAAUCAUAGAUCAUGAAACGACACCAGGAGGACCUUUCUUUGUUUCAUGUGAAUGAAGAAGGAGAGGAGGAGGAAGAUGAAGAGGAGGAGGAGGAGGAAGAUAUUUCUACAGUACUAAGUAAUAAUGAGCUUGGUUCAAUCAAAACCGCAUUCCGGGUAUUUACGCAGUAGUUGUUUAUUUUACCCUUAGUCAAAUGAUCAAAUGACAUGACAGAAUGGUUAUAGGGGUGAUGUAAAUACCUACCACUGACAGGUAGACUCCACAGCCAGGUAGACUCCACAGCCAGGUAGACACCACAGCCAGGUAGACACCACAGCCAGGUAGACUCCACAGCCAGGUAGACACCACAGCCAGGUAGACUCCACAGCCAGGUAGACUCCACAGCCAGGUAGACACCACAGCCAGGUAGACACCACAGCCAGGUAGACACCACAGCCAGGUAGACUCCACAGCCAGGUAGACACCACAGCCAGGUAGACACCACAGCCAGGUAGACACCACAGCCAGGUAGACUCCACAGCCAGGUAGACACCACAGCCAGGUAGACACCACAGCCAGGUAGACUCCACAGCCAGGUAGACACCACAGCCAGGUAGACACCACAGCCAGGUAGACACCACAGCCAGGUAGACUCCACAGCCAGGUAGACACCACAGCCAGGUAGACACCACAGCCAGGUAGACACCACAGCCAGGUAGACUCCACAGCCAGGUAGACUCCACAGCCAGGUAGACUCCACGGCCAGGUAGACACCACAGCCAGGUAGACACCACAGCCAGGUAGACUCCACAGCCAGGUAGACACCACAGCCAGGUAGACACCACAGCCAGGUAGACACCACAGCCAGGUAGACUCCACAGCCAGGUAGACUCCACAGCCAGGUAGACACCACAGCCAGGUAGACUCCACAGCCAGGUAGACACCACAGCCAGGUAGACUCCACAGCCAGGUAGACUCCACAGCCAGGUAGACACCACAGCCAGGUAGACACCACAGCCAGGUAGACACCACAGCCAGGUAGACACCACAGCCAGGUAGACACCACGGCCAGGUAGACUCCACGGCCAGGUAGACUCCACGGCCAGGUAGACACCACGGCCAGGUAGACACCACAGCCAGGUAGGUGCUUCCAGCUCACAGAAGUGUGGGUACGUGAAGACACUGUGUAAACAUUUCUAAAUGCAAGUUUGAUUGAAUACCUGCCUAUGUGUCACUAUUGAAGAGGAAUCGGGAAAGAGGUUAAACAUCCCCACAGAGUUUAAUAAACAACAUCCAUCUGGUUGUGUAGUACUAUAUAGAUCUGUAACUAUCUUUUUUUAGUUUUUUAACUACAGACUUGUGACUUUUGUCUCGUCCUACGAUGGCGACGAGGUUACAACAAAUGUAUUUUUUGUAUUGUAGUUUUUUGUUUUGUUGUUUUUGUUGUUACUGUUUUAACGUGUACAAUCAAACCAAAUCAAAUGGUUUACAGUUGUCA